AUGGGCACAACUCCUAUUAUCAAAGCUGCUUCCAAAGCGCAUGUGUCCACGGUCUUGAUGCUCUUGGAAAGAGGUGCCGAUCCGUACUUGGAAAAUUGGUACGGCAAUGCUUUGCAUUUCGCGGCCGAAGCUGGGCAAUCACUAACGAUUGCAGAACUCGUGACUUACGGCAUGAGUCCAAAUGCUUGCGAGCGCUACUGCAGGAGGCCACUCAGCUGCACAAUUGACAACGACAGCGCCUCCGCAUUCGAGAUUCUCGUUGCCCUUGGAGCAGAUAUCGAAGCGAUCGAUGUGCACCGUGGGCUACCAAUAUUGCACAGUGUAGCGUUUGAAAAUUGUCUCAACAUCAUGGGUACUGUUUUGAAGCAUAAUUGGGGUGAUUUGCAACGCAAAUCGGAAAAAGGGCACACACCGCUGCACUUUGUGGCUAUAAUGGGCAAUCUUUUGAUGGUGCGAAAACUUGUAGAAGCUGGUGCGGAUGUAGAUGUAAAAGAUCGCUAGGGAAGAACACUACUGUAUCUUGCGCACACCGAUAUCGGUUAAGGUUUUUGAAUUGGGCUGAUUUGAUGGGCAAUGGAUGUUGAGCUGCGGACUGAGCUUUUCCAAGAUACGGGCACUACGAAGGCG